GAGCAAUUUGGUGCUUAACUAAGGAUAAUUUCUUCCACAUUUAUACUCCAUGCAUACACAAUAAUCACUAUACAGUGAUGAGUUAAUUAGAAGAAGAAGAAGAAAAUCACAGACAUAACGACGGAGAGAAAGAUAUGUUGCCAUCAAUUGCUUUGUCGUCGUCGUCUUUUCAUUCCCCUCCUGAAGUAAAACAAGGUUUACUGUUUAGACAUGUAACGAUAUCGAGAAAAACGACUCAAAGAAGAUGUUUAAUAAUUCCAACGCAAGUGAAACUUUCAUACAGUAGUCGAGAUCAAGCUUUCUCGGCCUUAACAGCAAGUAACUUGAACAAGCCAUUGUUCAAUAGUAAAAGUCCAGGAACAAGGUGUAGUAGCUCUACCAUACUAAAGCCGGAGUAUGCAACAGAACCAGAAGAUGGUCAUCAUUCAACAACUAGCAUACCAAAGCAACUAAAUGCACUCUUCAGAUUUACGCGUCCUCACACAAUAAUUGGAACCGUUGUAGGAAUCAUAUCAGUUUCUCUUCUUCCAAUAGAAACAGUGUCCGAUUUGUCCCCGAUCUUUUUCAUGGGAGUAGUAAAGGCCUUGAUACCAGCAUUAUUGAUGAACAUUUACGUGGUGGGACUGAAUCAGUUGUUUGAUGUUGAAAUCGAUAAGAUUAACAAGCCAGAGUUACCAAUUGCUUCUGGUGAUUUAUCCAUGGCCACUGGCGUAGCAAUUGUAUCCACCUCUUCUCUCAUGAGUUUGGCAAUGGGUCUGACGUUUCAGUCUCCGCCAUUAUUAUGUGCUCUUAUCAUUAGCUUUUUGCUUGGAAGUGUAUAUUCAAUCGAACUUCCCUUCCUUCGAUGGAAAAGGCAUGCAUUUCUUGCAGCAACAUGCAUCUUAUCUGUGAGGGCUCUUGUUGUGCAACUCGCUUUCUUUGUCCAUAUGCAGAAAUAUGUACUUGGGAAGCCAACAGUAACCACAAAAUCAUUGGUAUUUGCAACAGUUUUCAUGUGCUUCUUCUCAGCUGUAAUUGCACUAUUUAAGGAUAUACCUGAUGUGGAUGGAGAUAGAGAUUUCGGCAUUCAGUCCUUCAGUGUCAGCCUUGGGCAAGAAAAGGUUUUCUGGCUUUGUGUGAAUAUGUUGUUGGUUGCAUAUGGUGCUGCUAUCGUGGUAGGAGCCACUUCAUCGUUCCCAGUCAGCAAAAUUCUCACCGUACUAGGCCAUUUCGUACUUGGCUCCUUUUUGUGGCUUCGUGCACGGCAUGUCGAUCUUACCAGUAAAGCGGAUAUAACAUCUUUUUAUAUGUUCAUUUGGAAGCUAUUUUACAUGGAGUACCUUCUGAUCCCCUUAGUUCGCUGAUAGGAAACGUCGACGUUUUCAUACAAUUUUUGAAGGUUGAUCAAGAUAGACAGAUUUCCUCGAAGUUGAAGAUAUCAUCAUAUAUUCCCCGGCAGCAUGGUAAGGAAGGAAAAAGUACGAGGCUCAAGUCCAUUUCUGCAAGUGCCUUGGAUCUGCUGCAUACCCUGAUCUACAAUUUUCCAUAUCCUCCUGCUCAUAGGUAAAGAAAGUCCUGUUGUUUUAUACUAGUUGUGUCCCGUCGAGCAGAAAAAUCCUGCACCAAAGCUAGAACCAAAGUCUUGCGAGACACAUCUGUACUGAAACAUAAAAGACAUUGAUAAUGACAAUAUUAUAAUGCGAGUAUCCAAGUUGCUGGGGCUUC